GAAGCCGGAUCAAAGGUGGAGCCAGGAAGAGGGGCGGAAAGAAAGGCAAAAACCGAGCGGUUUCCCAGAGAGCAACUGAAGGGAGCCGACUCGCAAGUGGGUAUUGACCCCCACGUUCUCCAGGUUCUAGCUGCAUGGUGUGCUGCCCAGCCAUGUCCCCUGUCAGCCCUGUAUGGCCGAGAAAACCAAAGCUAUGGGCGUUCUGUGUACUGCUGCUAGUGCUACUGCUGUCGUGGAAGUCGUGGGCGGUAGAACAUUUCCAACACUGCCACUGGCUUGUUGUUCUGAACAAUUUCGACAAAGUAGGUUCGCUCCCGACUAAGGCUCGAUUUCUGGAUCAAGAACCCAUUGAUACAGUGACCGAGGUGUUCCAAAAUUUGGCAGACUUGCCAAUCGACCCGCAGGAGAAAUAUAUGAGUUUUCCUUACUACCUGAAAGUCAGCUUCUCCUGUAUGGAACAGGAUGACGAGGAGCUGGUCCGAAAGAGCCACCUGUUGGGGAUGAGACCCCUGAUCCUGAUCAGCUACAGGCACCCAGUCAAUUUCUAUCGCUGGGAGACUGAAAAUCUGCAGAUUCAGAUGGAGGCUGCCCCAUUGCGUACCUCAGGAUUCUGCUCAGCGGAGGUCAUGUGCACCUUGAACUGGUAUGCACCCAUGCCCAUCAAAAACGGCAGCGUAGUUAUGAGCGUGGACAUCAGCAGCAAUGGCUUGGGGGUCUUCAUUCCCCGCGAAAGGUUCUAUAUCAAUAUCAAUGGCUUCUUGAAGAAAGAUACAAGUGGCAAAACCAUCUUCACCCUGGGAUAUGAGAGCUCAAUGGUGAAGAGUGCUCUCUUUAGUCGUUCAAAGUCGAGACCCCUGUGGUACACUGUAAACCAUUCGCCUGUGCUCAUCCUUGGCGGAAUUGAAAAUGAAAAGGUCAUUUUGCUUUCAGACACUAAUUUCCAGGACUACUCUCUCAUUGAGCUGAGCAUUGACAGUUGCUGGGUUGGCUCCUACUACUGCCCCAUGCUCCAGUUCUCAGCCACCAUUCAUGAUGCUAUUUCCACCGAGAGCACGCUCUUCAUUCGACAGAACCAGCUCGUCUACUAUUUCACAGGCAGAUACACUACGCUCUUCGAUAAGAGCCACAGCAGCAGCAGCUGGGUUCGUGUCCUGGCCAAUGAGUGCAUCAAGAAACUGUGCCCUGUAUUCGUCAGUGGCAAUGGCUCUGAGUACAUCCUGGCCCUCACCACUGGCAAGAAUGAAGGUUACGUUCACUUCGGGACCAUCACAGAUGGCCUCGUGACCUUUCGGAUGGUGCCGGAUGGCUGGUCAAUGUGUGAUAGGAUACCAGGUUCAAACUGCUCCAUCAACUGGGCUAUAUACAUUGCUGAUGAGAAGGCCUUGAUGUUGUUAGUGGAGGCCUUCUCGGCUUCUGUUAAGGUCUUUCACCUAGUCAAAUUUAACACAGAGAACCAGACAUUGAGCAUUCUCUACACACUAUCAAGGUUUAUCCCAGAAGGUCACGAUUUGGAUUUCCUGGUGCUAGAUGGGACAGAGACCUACACCAACACUUUGAUGAUACCGAAGGGCCUGUUCUUCAACACGUUCAACAAUAUGCUGUACAUCUGGGGUAACUUCAUUCUGCAAAGCUACAAUAGGUUACACUUCAUUUAUCUGGCGGACUUCCCCAGGGACUCCACCAUCAAAUACAUGGUCAACUCUUACCAAGGAGACAUGGCUUUUGUCACAGAAACAGAUGAGAUCUGGUACUUCCUGGAAGGUGGCUAUGAUGUCUACCGCCUGGUCCCAUCCAGAGGCUGGAGCAUCUUCUUUAACCUACAGAAGAUGGAGCAGUCUUCCCUCUAUGCAGACCAAGAGUUCUUGGUCUCCAUCUUCUAUGAAGAUGGGGAGCUCUACCAGUUGGUAUAUCUUCACGCCACCGGGAAUAAACGAUUGGUCAAGAGGGUCUUGCCCGUGGCGCAGGUGCUGCUGUUUGACCAGAACAACCCCCAGAUACUGCUGAAGGAUGGGAACCGCAGGAUGCUCGCCUUCUCCCGUAUGUGCCCUUUCAAGGUGAUGCGUCUACGUGACCUGCCCAAAACACAGCAUCUUUCACGUCAGGAGAUCUACCAUGCUCCACCACCUCUGGUCUCCGAGUCCCAGGGCUUCCACAAUAAUAAGACACUUGCCGUCUAUCAAGGGCUCAUCUAUUACCUGCUGUGGCUCCACUCCAAGUAUGACAAGCCCUACGCGGACCCUGUGCACGAUCCCACUUGGCGCUGGUGGGAACACAAAACACAGUUUAAGGAUUACUACUUCUACCUGUCCAGCAACUGGCUGGCAGCGGAAGGCAUGUACAUCGACAUGAGCAGCUACAAAAAGCUCUACAACGUCUCCAAAGAACACGGGCUGCCCGAGAUUGUCUUCCUGGACAAGGGCAACUCGUUUAGCUUCACCGUCUUCCUGUCGUCCCACGGGGACACCGCAGAGUUCAGCGCCAACGCUGGGUCUGGCUACCAGAUAGAUAAGAAUAUGGCAGUGGCUGUGGCAGUGGCUGAUCCCGAAUGCCUUGAGGCAUCUGUGAAUCAGGAGGUCCUUAUUAACCGCAAAGCAGUGCUCUACAAGAUUGCAGUCAAGGACAAAAAGGUCUGCUAUGAUCAGGGACUCAGUGGAUAUAACCUCAAGAAGACUUCCUUGAUGGUUAAAGUGUUGGGAUCCUCUGGAAGAUGCUUCCAGACCACAUACCGUGGGGCAAACAUGCAAGGUCAUUUGAUGGUGCCAGUGUUAAUCGGCUGUCCCCCUGGCAAGCGCCUGGCCUUCGACAUCACCUACACGAUCAUGUACUCCCGGGACUUAAACAAACACUAUUUCGACUGUGCGGUGUCGAACCCCGAGAUGCCAUGCUUUCUCUAUCGUGACUUGUUUCAGCCCUUCUUCUUAAUCCAAGACAUGGUGACGGGAGCUUCGGGCAGCUUCCUAGGCAGUUACUUGCUGCUGGUUGUGGGUGGCGGUCCCACAUUGGACACCAUCAGAGAUUACACGGAAGAGGAAAUCUACCAUUACAACAGUCCACUGGACAAGACCAAUAGCCGCAUCUGGACAACAAAGGUUGAAACAACCACUCCGGACAAGAAGUUCUACAUAAUGAACUACCAGAGCCCGGGAAUUGAGUGGCUGUGUUUAGAGAACUCCCCGUGCCAUGACAUCAUUCCCCAAAGCAUCUUUGCACCUGAAUUCUUCCUCAAGUUGUUGGUGAGCAAUAGAGGAGUAGACACCAGCACAUACUGUGACUACAAGCUCAUCUUCGUACUGCACAUUCAUGGGCUACCGCUCAGCGGCAAGCGGUCCCUCUUUAUCGUCAUCGUGUCCAGCAGUCUGCUUUUGGGCCUGGUGGUCUUCUACAUCCUCUUCUGCCUCAUCUGGCCCCACAUAGUGGAGGCCUGGGCCUCGUUACGCUGGAAGAUUAACAACAUCAUGGUCUCAGAGUCCUACUACACGUAUGCCACCUCUAACGCGGCCUUCAGUAUCCAUUCUCGGAGUGGCUCAGAGGAAAGUUCCAGGGCUCCCUCCAAAGCAGGUUCCAAAGAGGACAAUGUAGCCAGGAAGUGAGAAGUGGCCAGGACCUCUAGUCUGUACCUUUCCCCACACACCCUUAAGCCUCUCCUGGUGGGAAUGCAGCC